UCUGCUUUUCAAUUGACGAUUCUUCACAUCGGUUACCAAAUUUAUCUGGCUGGUCCAGUUGUAUAAAUUGACCAUCAUAAUUGAAUCCUGUUGGCUACGAAUCUACUGACCGCAACGUGAUUAUCGGAUCUAUCAAACCGACUCAUCGAUUUAGGCGGCAGACUCGGCAUCGCAUUUCGCUUGACACCUCUGAUAUUGCACUUCCGAGACAACUACUGUAGCCAAGCUUGGCUAUCUUUCCUCGUGCAAAAAACACUAGCUCGCCAACCCCUCACAUCGUCCAUAAGCCAUGCCGCCGCCAUCAAAUCUACGAGCUCAGGUUGAGCCGCCCGAGCAGGUUACCUCAGAAGCGGUCAAGGGAUUCGCUACUGGUGCAUUACGGGUCGUUUGGCGCCGUAUCCAUUCUCGCACACAUGAUACUGAUCAUGCCUCAUCCUUUUACAUUCAAUAAUGCAGCACCUCCUACUACUGCUUCUACAACUGGACCUUCACCGUCACCGUCGCGAUACUCACCGUCCGGGAUCCGGAAUACCUUGUUCUACAGACCGCUUUCGUCCUUGUCGGAAAGUAUCGGACCUUUAUCGCGCAUCUAUCGUGGUUUGACGCCGCAGUUUAAGAUAUUUAUUCAGAUUGCGGCGAUGACGCUGGGUGGGACUAUUUGGGCUGAGAGGAGGGUGAAUGAGUAUUUGUCCGCGCUGCGAAAGCUUCGUCGGGCGGAACGGAGGGUUGCUGUACAAGAAUAAGAGUUAUAGCGUCAGUAUCUGAGGGAAGCACGCAGCAUGAGUAUGCCUUGAAUGUGAGAUAAAUAGAAGUUCGAUAUAUUGAGCAGUUUCCUGCGUGGUCAAGACACCAAGGAUGUGGACGGAGCGACUCCGAAGACCGACUGCACGUGUAUAGUCGGUCCAGCCAUUUGUUUAUAUUCGAUCGGAUGUGGAAGUAUUGACGCAUCGAUCUCCCAACGAUCAAGACCUCAAUAUACAUCUAACUGCUAGUCAGAAUGCAGAUGGCGGUGUCCGAAGCUUGAAGU